AUGGGGAUCCUUCGGUGGGCGGCCCCCUUCCCAUUGCCGCUGCUGCUCUUGCUUUCCUGGUUGCCGGCGAUGGCUUCGGCACAGAGCGCAAGCUGCCCCCUCAACUUCACCCUGUUCCAGAAGUACGUCGACGUCUACAAGGCUGCAUCGGAUGCGUCUGCUAAUGGCACCAUAAACGUCUCUCCCUGUCAAUUUACCCUGCAGGGUAUCCAUCUAUGCCAGGCCGAGUACCUCCGGACUUCCGGGCUAUUCUUGCCAGCGCUCAACUCCUCUGCGUCCUGCUGGGCCGCUCUCCAGCUCUUGCUUGAUCAGAUCUUCACGGACUUCAACCCUCGGUCCGCCUGUGGCUUCAAGACGGAGUGGAUCUCCACGGGAUGCAUGAACAUCUCAUCGCGCUCCCAAUUCGAGUCCCUCGCCAAGGCUUCCUCGUCUACCGUCCUGGCCGAUGUCAAUCAGACCUGCAGUGGCUCCGUGAGCGGGUCCACCUGCGCCACCUGCACCGCCACCAUAACCCGCCUCAACGCUUUUCUCACAGGACCCCCCAACGGCAAUGUCUCCGAUUGCACCCAGUACCCCUUCAUCUAUGUCGCCGGUGCCGUCAACCGCUUCGGUCCCGCCAACGAGGACACGGCUCUCUGCUGCUUCGCCCUCAGUGCCAACCCCGACACCAUUACCCCAUCAGUUCUUUCCAGUGGCGGUCGGAGUGGUACCCGUGGCUGGUUGUUCGGCGUCAUUGGGGGUGUUCUUUUUCUUCUCGUCGUGGCGGGGAUUGGAUUUUGGUUCGUCGUCAGGAAGCGACGGCACCGUAGGAAGAGGAGGAAGAAGAAGAUCGUGGGACCAGAUAGUUCCCGGACAGCGGCUCAUCUGGAAUAUGUAGGCGCGAGUACGACCCUGGUCCGUUACACAUUUGAUGAGAUCAAGGCGGCUACAGAGAAUUUCUCAAGGGGUCACAUAAUCGGUAAAGGUGGUUAUGGGAAUGUCUACAGGGGGUUGCUCCCUGAUGGCACCGAGGUCGCCCUGAAGAGGUUCAAGAACUGCUCUGCUGCAGGAGAUGAAGACUUCAGGCAUGAAGUAGAAGUAAUAGCCAGCGUCAGGCAUGUGAAUCUCGUUGGCCUGAGAGGGUACUGUAUAGCGACUACUCCACUGGAGGGACAUCAGAGGAUAAUUGUUUGUGAUUUAAUGAAGAAUGGCAGCCUUCAUGACCAUCUCUUUGGUUGGGCAUCUACGGCCAGAGAGAUGAAGUUGAGUUGGCCCAUCCGCCAAAAGAUUGCCGUUGGGACAGCAAGGGGGAUAGCAUACCUCCAUUACGGUGUGACUCCGAGUAUUAUUCAUAGAGACAUCAAGGCGAGCAAUAUCCUUCUGGAUGAUGAAUUUGAACCAAAAGUUGCUGACUUUGGCCUGGCUAAGUUUGCUCCUGAAGGGGUCUCACAUGUGAGCACAAGGGUGGCAGGCACCCUCGGUUAUGUUGCUCCUGAGUAUGCUCUCUAUGGCCAGUUGACUGAGAGAAGUGACGUUUACAGUUUUGGGGUCUUGCUUCUUGAGCUCUUGAGUGGGAAGAAGCCAAUAAUUUCAUCAGAUGGGGAGCAGACUUCCCUUGUAACUGAUUGGGCUUGGUCGCUUGUGCGCGAAGGUAGGACCUUGGAUGUCAUUGAAGAAGGGAUGCCUGAGUUGGGUUCCAGUGAAGUCAUGGAGAAGUACGUCAUGGUCGCUGUCCUUGCUUCUCACCCGCAGUUAUAUGCGAGGCCUUUGAUGGAUAAAAUUGUGAAGAUUUUGGAAACUGAUUUGGUGGUUCCAACAAUUCCCGAUCGCCCGAUUCCCCUCACGUCAAAUCUGAUGGAUAUUGAGAAAUCGGUAAGCAGCAGUGGUUCAGGUCAUCUGUCAAGUUUCUCUGGUUACCAAUCAUUCGCAUUGGGAAAAGAUGAUACGGCGACAACAACAGAGUAG